UGACGGCUGUGCUGUGUGUACGUGUGUGUGUGUGUCUGUGUGUGCGUCCGAAGUGUUUUCGAGUUUAUCGUACAUUUCCACGCCCUUAUAACCACGACUUCGUUUUGGCGCCGCCUUUCGGAUCAAGGAGGAGGGAUACACAAGAUUGCUUUAAGCUAAAGAAGCAUUAAUGUCGAGGUCAAAGUGUUUAAAGCUGAGACUGAAUCUCACGAGCUGUGCGUCGAAUGUUACGGUGGGUCAUUACGUUAAGAAAUGAGUAAGAUGAACUCAUGAGAACGGACUGCUAAAUUUUGCAAUUGUGAGCCAACAGAGCUAUGUGAGACUGAAAGACUGGAGCAGGCUCAGAGCAGUUAUGAAGUGGUGGUGUCCUUUUGUUCUUUGAGAGCAGUGGUGGGUAUGACGUCUCACUGACCGCGGAAUUGCGAGCGAAGGAACUGUGAAGGUGCUGGGUAGCAACUUAGAAAGGAGUCUGUUGGGUAAACGACCCAAGAUUGUGAUUUUUUUGAUGUCGACAUAAAAGCCGCCAAGUUGAGUACAUUUGGGCAUUCACCUCUUCGCCCCGCCAUGUCUGAUGAUGAGGAUAAACCUCCCGCUCCACCUGUCAGACUAACUUCAACGAGGGCAGAACCUGUUAUGGCUGUGGACAUGAGGCCUUUACCAAAAGAACCUGAAUCUGAAAAGAAGAAGCAUAAAGGCCACAAAGGUGGAAAACGGCACAAGGAUGACAAGCCGAACAUCUCGUACCCGACAAAUUUCGAGCACACGAUACACGUUGGCUUCGAUGCCUGUACGGGGGAGUUCACGCCAACUGGGGACCAUAGCAGUUGUCAGGGAAUGCCAGAUUCAUGGACAAAGUUAUUAUCCAUCUCCAAUAUAAGUAAACAGGAGCAGAAAAAUAAUCCCCAGGCUGUGUUAGAUGUCCUUAAUUAUUACGAUGCCUCUACGAAGGAACAUCAGACUUCAAAGUUCAUGACUGUAGCAAAAACUGUUGACCCUUCCCCGAGACCAAGUUAUCAGGGAGGUGUGAACAUUUCCAGCUAUCCAGCAACGCCUUCUCCUCACAAGAUUUCUGAUGCCUCCUCAGGGUCACCUUCAACUCCUGAAACAUGUUCAGAAGUUAGUGUUCCCGACGAAGAGGAGGAGGAACCUCCACCUCCUCCUAUAGCUACCAGGCCCGAACGUACCAAAUCCAUUUAUACAAAACCCGUAGAAGAUGAAGCCAAUGCCAAUGGGGCUGCCUUAGAUAGUAAUCGUAAUCCUCAAGCUGCCAGUAUUACCCCAGUGCCAGCACCUACAACCAUACCUCCGCCUGUGGCUGCCAACUCGACCACAAAUGCCAUAAACACAAGUGGAAGCACUGCCUUAGAAAGAACAGCAGAAAAGCAGAAGAAGAAGAAGAUGAGCGAUGAAGAAAUUUUAGAAAAACUUAGAGUUAUAGUCUCAGUCGGUGACCCUAAUAGAAAGUAUACUAAAAUGGAAAAAAUAGGACAGGGAGCCUCAGGCACAGUUUACACGGCAAUUGAGACGGCGACGGGAGUGGAAGUUGCCAUCAAGCAAAUGAAUCUCUCUCAGCAACCGAAGAAGGAGCUGAUUAUAAAUGAAAUUAUGGUAAUGCGAGAAAAUAAGCAUCCUAAUGUUGUUAACUACUUAGAUUCCUACCUCGUCAGUGAAGAAUUAUGGGUCGUAAUGGAGUAUCUUCCUGGUGGUUCGCUCACUGAUGUGGUGACGGAGACGUGUAUGGAUGAGGGACAGAUUGCAGCUGUUUGUAGGGAAGUACUUCAAGCAUUAGAAUUUCUUCACGUUAAUCACGUUAUACAUAGGGACAUCAAGUCUGAUAACAUCCUUCUUGGAAUGGAUGGCAGUGUGAAACUAACCGACUUUGGGUUCUGUGCUCAGAUUUCCCCUGAACAAAACAAAAGAACAACAAUGGUUGGCACUCCAUAUUGGAUGGCACCAGAAGUUGUAACAAGAAAACAGUAUGGCCCUAAAGUAGAUAUAUGGUCUCUUGGGAUUAUGGCAAUAGAAAUGAUUGAAGGGGAACCACCGUAUUUAAAUGAAAACCCUCUUAGAGCACUGUACCUUAUUGCAACAAAUGGAAAGCCAGAAAUUAAGGAACGGGAGAAGCUUUCUCACGUCUUUCAAGAUUUUCUUGAUCAGUGUUUAGAAGUGGAAGUAGAGAAGCGAUCUACAGCAAAUUGUCUCUUGAAGCACCCCUUCUUAAAACUGGCCAGACCACUGUCGAGUCUACACCCCCUCAUCGUAGCUGCUAAAGAAGCUGCCAAGAGCCAUUAACGUAGGUUCACAAAGGUAUUACAAACCUUAAUCCCAAUCCUUGACCUUUAAACAAUCCUCCCUAUUCUUAAUCUCACCUGACCCUACCUUACCUUACCUUAAAAACCUUCCUUACCUUUGUUAUGCUGGUGAAUCAGGUGCUGCUUCUAAUCUUCAUUUGUCAGCGAGGACGACCAAGCAGCCUUGUGUGAUUAUUAUAACAUAGCCAGCUCAACCACUAGUCAUGGGAAUCAGAGGAAACUUCUCUUCAGUUGACCCUGCAAGGGAUCCAGUCGAGCCUUCUUUGGAAGGCCAUCGUGCUGGUCGAAGAAGCGUCGACAUGUUAUUUUCUAACCAAGAUCUACUUGAAGAACCUCAAUUCUCUCUCAGUAAUCUCAUAUUGGUCUGAAAAUAAAGUAAUGAAGUAUGUGUUCAUUUAACUCAUAAUCUUAAGACGAUGAUAACUGCAGAUAAGUAGGUAAAUGGAACAUGUAAAGGAAUCUGUUGUGUCAAAAAAUGUUUUUAUUUAACUAAUGUGUUCUAUUUCUAUUUAAAUUUUUUGCACAAUUGCAACACUUAAGUUUUUUAAAUGUUUGAAUAUUGGGAUUUUAUUCUGUAAGUUUGAUUAUGCCUUAUUGGUUGGUUUUUCAUGUCGCAGUUACAUAAUCAACAAGAGCCCUUUAAUAAUUCUUAACGUGCUAUGCAAGUAAGAGCUCUUGUUUUUUUUUUAACUAAUAGGGCAAGUGAUAUGGAUCCAAAAGAUGCCAUAAAAAUGCAUUUGUAUUUUAAUUGACUUGCUUAAUUGUUACGACUAUUUAUUUUUAAAAGAUUUCCGUUCUAUGAACGAGAAAAAAAAUUGAUUCUUACUUUUCUAUAUUGAUUGCUUAGAUAAAAAAAAGUAGUGUAUUUGUUUUAUGUAAAGUAUAUUGAUGAAGCACUACUAAACAGGGAUAUAUGCAUUUUGUUAUUGAAUUUUUUUUUCAGUGCAUUUCCAUUUUCCAGUGUAUUAUAAAGCACAAGUAGAUAUAUAUAUAAAUAACCUUUGCUUUUGGAGAAGGAAUCUGUGUAUCUUGCUAAUAUAGGUAGUAAAUUUUC